GCGAGAUUUGGCAAAACAAGAGGGCGCAUGGCGCUGCGCAUGCUGUUCAUAAAGGACAAACACGACCUGUAAUUCUGCAUACUGGCAGACCAUCUGGGAAGAUUUCAUUGGGUAAAAAUACAAGUUAUGGAGGAACCCUCAAAGUUUGAGCGAUAUGUGUACAAAAAUGCUUCAGUUUUCCAUUAUAUGAAGAUAUCUCUAGUUUUGGAGAGUGGAAACAAAAAUAUUACUGAUGCACAGUUCAAACAAUUGAUUAUCUGUGGACUCAAAGACCUGCACGGAGAGGUUGGAGCUUCUUUUCCAUUUGAUUUGCUUAAAUUUGAUCAGAACGAACUGACAGGUAUACUGAGAGUGUACAACAGCGGCCUGGUGAAAUUGUGGAGCGCUUUAACAUUACUGGGAUCAUAUCAGACUGAGGCAUGUGCAUUCAGAGUCACGCAGGUGUCGCCAUUUUUACUAGCGUUGUCUGGGAAUAGCCGUGAGCUGCGGUUCGCAGACCAGUUGAUAUAGUGAGUAGGACACAGGUCGCUUUACGUGGGUGAACGGGCCUCGCUUAGCAAAACAUUCAGUGCCAGAGAUGUCACACUUUUUGCUGAGCUGACGGGGGACACGAAUCCUCUCCACCUCGACCCCGAAUACACCAAAACGACCUCUUUC